AUUCUUAGAAAGCAUAUCUGACUAUAUUAUAUUUGUAUUUGGGAAAGGUCGAUUUUCAAAAAGAAAAUGCAGACAAAUAUAAUUAUUUAGGUAUUAAUAAAGAUCUCUAGACAUAAGCUCUGAAUAAUGUAACCUGACAUAAUGGACAUGGAAAUAUAAAUUAAUGAUUUCAGCUCUAACGUAGUAGCAGUCUAAGCCAUUGUUAAAUUGCAAGCUUUUCAACUCUUUAGUGAAUCAGUUUUGAUCAAAAACUGUGGUAGAGCUCACCUUUACAACAGUCCUGCUUACUUAUGUAGAUUAGUUCCUUUUCUUAACUUGCCUUAACUGGAGGCAAGGCUUUAUAAAUAACACAAAUGGACAUCACUUUUUCUGUGAACUUUGUUAUACUGAUCCAUCAAAAGGAACUAAUCUGUGCUGUUUUAAAAAAAUACAAAGAAACAAAUUAUCCAUGCUAAAGAAAUGUUUAAGUAGUUCUAAGCAACAGAUGGGAUUAGAAGGAUUAUAGAAAAGGUUACUCCUCAAUAUGAGUCAUUUUAAAAGAGUGAACUCAUCAGCCAUUGAAGUAGUUUCCAUUCAAUCUGUAAUAUAUAUAAAGUGGGCACAGAUGGAGAACAUAUUAAUUUACAACUGGAAAAGCUUUCUUAAAAUUUGAAAACUGCUUAACUUCUAUACAAGCGUUAAGUAACUAAGAAUGUGUAUCUCAUCAUACAUGUUAAUUCUCUCUCUCUCUCUCUUUUCUCAAGGUUUCCUACUCUCAGUUUCAAAAUCUUUGCAAAAGGUAGAAGAUGAAGAUAUGUUGCUAACCACAUUAAAGCUAGGAAAAACUCUUCGAAAUGGAGAUAGAACUGUGAACAGAGGAGCUAUACCUUUGCUGAAGCAUUAUAAGACUGAAGACAGCAGUGUUUUGGAUGAAGAGGAUGAUGGGAACAUGAAGGUUUUGGACACAGGUUCCAGACAUGAUUUCUUAAAUCAUGUUAUGCCAAUCAACUUAAGUAGAAAGCAACUACCUUAUCUUGCACUGAAGGGGGCCAUGGCUUUUCCAGCUGACACUGAACUUCGAAAUAUUGAAUCAAUACAGAAAAGAGAGACUGCAGAUGAAGAAAAUUCAGCUAAAUUCCCUAUAGGAAGAAGGGAUUUUGACAGUAAGUAUAUUUUCAUUUUUACACAAAAACUAUUUCAUUCUGGUAAAGUAUAAUGCAAUGUCUAUAAUGCAAUUUGAUAAAGGUUCAUAUUUAGAAACUUCAUGUGAUGCUUGCAUUUUCCUAGGGCUGAUGAAAUACUGCAUUUCCAGUUUACAUCUAUCGUGAUUUGGUGCAUGGGGAGGAAGCAUUUGUUAAACU